AUGUCGUACAAUCCAGGAAAAGACGAUGAGGUUUACCACCAGCUACGCACAUCCCCUCAAGAAUUUGACAUCAACAACUUCCAGAUAGAUAGUGGUAUGCUACAACAGAAUGGAAUGGACUCACAAGAUUACCAACAGAGAAUUAUUCAAACCCCUGGGGCUAACUACCAAUAUCAGGGUAUGUCGGAACCUAACAUCAAAGUAGGUUACUCAGAAGCUUAUCAAGGGUUCGAUAACCCAAACAAUACUCAAGUCUCAUAUGACUAUGUCAAUCUAGAUCAACAACAAUACCCGGAAAAUCAAACAGGCAAUGGACUCUCUUUGAAUACUCAAAGCCUACCUCAGUUCAAUGACAACGAUUUCCUAUCACCAACAUCCCAAUUAAGUCACCUUUCUCCAGUCAACAAAACUAACAGUAACCCACAAAAUGAUUUCUUACAGGUGCAACAAAACCAAAUGGAUAACAAUUUUCUCAAUCCUAAUUCACCGGGUCAUUUUUCCUCGCAAUCUUUGUACUCGGACAAUUCAUCUCAACCAGCUUCCCCAUAUCUUGACGCAGCAUCACAUUUCAGUAACACCAAUUUGGCUCCUCCACAGGCUCCUGGACCUGCAUUUUCCGAUGCAGGAUCGAUACAUGGGGGAAAUUCGUCUACAAACUUGGUACAAAAUCAUUUUGACACUCGGAACAACAACGAUUACUUAAACACUAAUAUUGCAUUUGGGGAAUCGAUUAGCUCGACAAACCUACCAACAAUGUCUUCUUCUUCUAAUGCAUGGCAACAAACCGUUGAAGCGGAUCUUCAAAGAGAGGAAUACAAUGGAUUAGAAUUUGGCGCUGGAACGGAGUAUCCGCGUGAGUUCCGGUUGGACUCUCAACCACUUGUUCAAAAAGAGCCCCGAGGUUUUGAAGAGAAUCUUCAGCUCAAUAACGUCAAUGCCCAAGUGGAAACAGACCCAAAUCAUUUCACUUUCCGUAGUCCACAAAUGGAUUUUGACCUCGAUAUAAAGGUAACCCCUCCGGAACAUUCAGGAGAGUCAAAAGCACAAGAUAUUGAAGGGGACGCCAGUGAAGAGGUGAAUCAAUUACUCACAGAAAACAACUUGUCUACCUACAACAAUCAAAUGAAAGAACAAGAUGACGAGCAAGGUCCAACAGUGCAUAAAGACUCAUCAGGCAUUGUGAUCUCAAUCCAUCAAGCUCCUGAAGUUAUGGCUGCAAGGACGCCAUCAUUGUUUAGUAAUUCGUCCGCAAACUCUUCACUAAACUUGUCCCGAACCAACAGUCGCAAUGACGGUGACGCAAAAGACGAGAAAAAGAGCAGCGUCAGUCUUGUACCGAACUCGCAAAUUAUCCCUUCGUCACCAAACUCAGCUAGUGGUGAAGAGAGUUCAAGGGAUUUGCUAAAUCCCGAAUAUCAGUCAAUCAAACGUGGAAGGAGAAAGAGCCAUGCGUCCAAGACUUCAAACAGUUUAUCUCCAAGACCGCGAUCGAAAUCACCAGUAUCAACCAAAAGUGUCAAUGGUGAUAAUGAUGACAAUAGUGAUGAGGAUGAGAAUGACGAGAAUGAUGAUUCCUCGCAAGUGUCCUCCCGUGAGAAGAUGUUGGAAUUGGCUCUGCCAAAUCAGUCAUCGAAACGUACACAAAAACACCCCAGUGUUUAUGCAUGUCACUUGUGCGAGAAGCGUUUCACUAGACCGUACAAUUUGAAAUCGCAUUUGCGUACGCAUACUGAUGAAAGACCAUUCAUUUGUAGUCAAUGUGGUAAGGCAUUUGCUAGACAGCAUGAUCGGAAAAGACAUGAGGACUUACAUUCUGGUGAAAAGAAGUUUCAAUGUAAGGGAAUGUUGAAAAAUGGUCAGCCUUAUGGAUGUGGAAGAAAAUUUGCUCGCGCUGAUGCAUUGAGGCGGCAUUUCCAGACUGAGGCUGGUAAAGAGUGCAUACGGCUUUUGAUUGAGGAAGAAGAGGAGGAGAAACGGAAUGGGGGAGUAGUGCUAUCCUCUGUUGAUACAAUAGGAAGCAGUGGUAAUGAUUUCUUGAGUCCAGAUUCCUCGUCAACAGGACGUGGAUCCGUGCCUCAAGUAGCAAUUUCCCCGCCAGAGUAG